CAGCACAUCAACAUGACAGAUCAGACGUUUGAAAACAUAAACACUGCUUUGGAUGCUGUUGAAAAUCCAAUGAUGAAUUAUAACUUUAAAUCCCCAUUACUUUCAUCGGUAGAUAUAUCUAUUCCGGUAUUUGAAAAACGUGUGGGAGAAACAUCUGCAUCGGCAAUGAUACCGACAGACGGGUUUGUUGCAUACCAAAUUAUAACCGUAACUAAAAGCAAGCCUAAAAAUUCGGGUUUUGAAUUGAAUGCUUACGACGAUGAUGAAGGUCAGUCUUGUACACUAGAAAAACAGUGGGUAGUAUGGAGACGUUACAGGAAUUUUGAACUGCUGAGAGGUCAUCUCGAGGCUACUUACCCAUAUAUUAUUAUCCCUCCUUUACCUGAAAAGAGUUUUUCAUAUGGGUGGCAGAAAGUGUCGAGUGAAAAGCUCAGUUCAGAUUUUCUUGAACGAAGAAGAGUUAGUUUGAUUCGGUUCCUUCAUCACGUGGCCGAACACCCUGUGCUUUCAAAUGAUAAGACUUUCCUAGCUUUUCUUCAGAAUGAAAACUGGAUGAAUACAACCAAAAAUAUGGAUGCUUUUGGAAAAGCCAGCCAGACCUUGCGCUCGCUCCACGCUAGUUAUCGGCUUAAAAUGCCAGACAGGUUUUUUGAAGAAACUAAAUGUUUUGCCGAUGGAAACCACUCAGUUAUUUCUAGUUUAUUGCACGUGAGGACCAAAAUUGCCGGAAGAGAGUUUGGGAUACAUAAACUGCAUGCAAACUAUGGACGCGUGUUUCGAGAAAUGAGCAGCUUUCAGAAUACAGCAAGUGAAGAAUUUCAGACUGUUGCUAGAUACAUGGACAUUUAUGCUGCAGGGAUAGACACAAUGCUAGAAGAGGAGGAAAAUAUCAUAGACAAAAUGAAAGAAUACAUGACUUACAUGGAGGCUGUCAGAAAUGUUUGCUGUCAACAAGAGUUAAUACAGUUCCAGUAUGAACAACUUGAAAGCUCUAUUCAUUCUAAAGAAUCUCAACGGAAGCAAAUAAGCACUGGAGAUCACACUUCUAGUAUUUUCCUACUAAUUGGAAGAUCAACGAUGAACCAGGACAACAAACUUCAAGCUUUAGACAGGGAUAUCCAACAGCUAGAAACCCAGAUGCAGUUACUAAUUGGGGAAAAUAAAUCUUUCAAACAGAAAGCUCAAGAAGACAUAAAAAGAUUUCAUCAACAAAAAGAACAUUUCUUACAAGAGGCAAUGUUUGGAUUGGCUGUUCAUCGAAUCCAAACAUAUCGUAAGAAUUUGGCUCUCUGGCUUAAACUUCAAGAAUGCUUCUCAAAAAUCCAGUGAAUGUCAUGAUUGACAGAUCAUUUAUAAAACAAUGUAAAGAGUUCAGAAAUAUCUUUUGAGUAGGUUGUUAAGUCGUAUUUUCUCAACCGUAAACUGGUCAAAAUGGAAAAUUGCUUUAUUUAGGUUAUCAUACAUGUAUUUUUUUUAUGCUUUUACGUUUUAAGUAAAUUGUCAAAUUAAAACUGAAGGGUAAAUCAUA